AUGGCAAAAUCAAAUUCAAAUAGAUAUUCUAGUUCAUUUCGAGAUGAUGAUGAUUCUGGUAUUAAUUGUGAUUAUGAUAAUUCAUCAAGAAUGACAUUAAUUGAACCAUCUUUACAAAUAAAUCAAUCAAAAUUAAUACCAUUACCUAUUCCAGGAACUGUUGGACGAAAACGAACUCAUAUAAUACCUUUAAAUAAAUUUCCAUCAGAUGGUAUUAUUGAACGUAUACGUCCAGUAACAAUGAAAAAUAGUGAAAAUAGUGAUUUUAUUAUUUGUAAUACAAAUCGUGGAACAUAUAUUGCUUAUCGAACACCAAUUGUACCUGCAUGGGUUACAAAACUUGUACAUGAAAUUGAAUUAGAACAACGAUAA